AUGGCCGAGACCAACGGCAACGGCAACGGCAAUGGCGCCGCGAGCGGCGUGACCGCGCCGCUGAUGCUCCACGGGCGCGUGGCGAUCGUGACGGGCGGCGCCGGCGGCAUCGGGUCGGCCGUGUCGAAGCACCUGGCGGCCCUGGGCGCGCGCGUGGCCGUGGCCUACGUCGGGGACCCGGCGCCGGCCAAGCAGCUCGUGUCCGGCAUCAACGCGGCGCACGGCGACGGCCAUGCCAUCGCGGUGGAGGCGGACGUGUCGGACGCGGCGCAGGUGCGGGCGCUGUUCGACGCGGCGGCGGCGGCGUUCGGCGGGGAGCUGCACGUGCUCGUCACGACGGCGGCGGUGCUGGACUACUCGUACCCGGCGCUGGCGGAGACGAGCGAGGCGACGUACGACGCCGCGUUCGGUGUCAACGCGCGGGGCACCUUCCUGUGCCUCCGGGAGGCGGCCAACCGGCUGGCGCGCGACGGGCGGGGCCGCAUCGUCACCUUCUCGUCGUCGGGGGUCGGGUCGCUGCGGCCGGGGUACGCGGCGUACGCGGCCAGCAAGGCGGCGGUGGAGACGAUGACGAGGAUCCUGGCCAAGGAGCUGCGGGGCACGGGGAUCACCGCCAACGCCGUGGCGCCGGGGUCCACGGCCACCCCGAUGUUCUACAACGGGAAGACGGAGGAGGAGGCCGAGCGGUACAUCGCCGAGGCGCCGCUGGGGCGGCUCGGCCUGCCGGAGGACAUCGCGCCGCUCGUCGGCUUCCUCGCCAGCGACGCCGGCGGGUGGGUUAACGCCCAGGUGCUGCGCUGCAACGGCGGCACCAUCUAG